CGCCGCCAGCGCCCAACAAACCCGUUCCUUUCGUCUACCUGUCCGCUCCGGCCUGCUAGACCCAUCCAUCCAUCCGUAGCACGUACUGUACCGCACGGAACCGCAUCGCACCACUCGUUGCUGGUUUUUCUACCCACAUGUCGCUCCAGGCCUCCAGCUAAGGGGGCCAUUUCCGCCGGGAACCUGCUGAAGUUCUAUGCUCCCGUGGUCCUUGCGAUCAGCAGCUCGCCGCUUGGCUGCCGCCACACGCGCAGCAGCCUCGGCUGCGGUGGCGGCUCGAUCACCUGCGCCGGCGCCGGCAACGUGGCAACAAAGGCCGCCUGCUGUCGACGACGACAGAGAGCACCAGCAGAGGGCCGCCGUGUGGGAUGAUCAUCGCCGUCGACCUCGCCGGAGUGAAUUCUCAUGUACUACAAAGGCCUCAGGAGAUCAUUCUAGCUUAACCCGGCAACUUUUAGAUUUUAAACAUGAUACUGUAGAUGAGGUAGAUGGGGGAUAUGAUCCAUUCAGUCAACUGAAAGCGAGGUUCACGGACUUCAAGCAACGAAACUACGUGGAAAAUUUUACCAAUUAUCAAAAACUUGCUGAGCAGCAAACACCAGAGUUCAUGGUGGUUGCUUGUGCUGACUCCAGGGUCUGCCCUACCAGUAUUUUGGGGCUUCAGCCUGGUGAUGCAUUCACUGUCCGUAAUGUGGCAAAUUUGGUACCACCAUACGAGCAUGGAGCUUCAGAGACUACUGCGGCACUAGAGUUUGCUGUCAACUCACUUCAGGUACCGAAUGUGUUAGUGGUAGGUCAUAGUCGUUGUGGUGGCAUCCAAGCACUAAUGAGUAUGAAAAGUAAGAAAGACGAUCGAAGCUCUAGAACCUUUAUCAGAGACUGGGUCUCACUUGGCAAGAGUGCAAGAUUAAGCACAGAAGCAGCAGCUGGAAAUUUGAGUUUCGAAUCACAAUGUAGACAUUGUGAAAAGGAAUCAAUUAAUAGCUCACUGUUGAACUUGUUAACAUACCCUUGGAUAGAGGAAAGGGUGAAGGAAGGAAAUUUGAACCUUCACGGGGGAUACUAUAACUUUAUUGAUUGCACAUUUGAGAAGUGGACAUUAGUGUACCGUCCAGGGCUGGAAGGUGGCAGCAAGUAUGCUAUAAAGAACAGGUCUACCUGGUCUUGAUCAAUGAACAGUCAUUAUUUAUACUCUGAGGAAUAAAACCGCAAUGGAGUAAAGUUCGACACAGCGAACAAUACAUUAUCACCAAAGCAAAGCUUGUAAACUGCCGGGACAAAGCGAAUUCAAUCCAGUUGCUAUGUGUUUUCUGUCUAGAAUCGUGAAACGGCGGCUAGUAAAACUGCAAAACCAUAGUCAAAGGAAACAAUGGAUAAAGGUGCCACAUUUGGCAGACCUUGUGUUGUAACAUCUGUAUAAUGUCCAUGUAUCAUUGUAACAAUAAGAUACAGCUCUGUAAUGUUUGUUUUGUCAGUGUAUAAUUAUUUUGGAUGCAUGUGUGACUCAAAUAAACAAAACUGUGCAAUGCUAUUUUGAAUCUGUACUGCUUC